ACUGAUUCAGUAAAGUGUUACCAGUGUACUGUUAACAUGGCGGUCGGGACGUACAUAUUCAACACUCUCCUCCUCUUCCUUAUCCUUGCUGUUUACUUCUCCGAGUCAGGUGAUGCGGUAGCUUGUGGUCCGGAUUUAUACAAAUGUGGCAAAUCUUCCGAUCAUUGUAUCCCGAAAGCAUGGGUCUGUGACGGAGAACGUGACUGCAAAUCCGGGUCGGACGAGUUAAAUUGUGCAGAGAAUAAAACAUGCUCUCCCGACGAAUUCAGGUGUCAGUCCGGAAAAUGCAUUCCCACAAAGUGGCGAUGUGAUGGGGGAAAUGACUGUGGGGAUUUAUCUGAUGAAAACACCUGUCCAAAUAAAACCUGCUCAGACGAGCAGUUUAUGUGUAAAACAAAGAACUGUAUCGCGAAAGCAUGGCUAUGUGAUGGGGACAGAGACUGCAGUGAUGGCUCAGACGAAGUUAACUGUCCAAACAAUACCUGUUCGGAGGACAUGUUAAUGUGUAAAACAAGCCGGAAAUGUCUCCCUAUAAAAUGGCUAUGUGAUGGGGAUAGAGACUGCGAUGAUGGAUCAGACGAACUGAACUGUAAAUAUGUAACUAGCACGCCCUGCUACCCAAACCAGUUCCCAUGUGAUUCAAGUAGGCAGAGGUGUAUCCUCAGGUCGUGGGUUUGUGACGGCGAGAACGACUGCGAAAAUGGGGCCGAUGAAAGGAACUGUACAAAAGAGGUCACGUGUUCAGAAAGUCAGUUUAAAUGUGACAGCAAGACGUGUAUUAACGUUGCCAAGAAAUGCGAUGGUCUUAAGGACUGUUUCAACGGAAGGGAUGAAACUAGUUGUUUAUCUCCAGAUACAACAGUUAUCCUGGCAGACAGAAACAGUCUUAAGAUGGUCACUCUUAUCAGUGAGAAUAAAAAGGCGGUGUCCCGUCGGAUAUCACAUUCCAGCACAACACAGACAAUGGUGGGCGUGGAUUACGAUUAUGGAGAUGGAUAUGUGUUUUGGACAGAUAUCAAACAAUCUAGUAUAUUUAGUGGAAGAUUUCCCAAUUCUUCUUCUUUGAUUACGGACGAAAGAGCCGUCUUAAACUCAGAAAUAGAUACAGCGGACGGCAUGGCUGUAGACUGGGUCAAUAACUUGAUUUACUGGACAGACACUGGCCGGAAUGAAAUAUCGGUCACGAACUACAACGGAACAAUGAGAAAAGUACUGUUCCAAAUUAACCUAGAUGAGCCGAGAGCUAUCGUUGUAGACCCAUUCACGGGGUGGAUGUAUUGGACAGACUGGGGAACGCCAGCCAAAAUAGAAAGAGCAGGGAUGAACGGACAACAAAGAGAGACCAUCGUAUCAAAGAACGUGACAUGGCCAAACGGUGUAACGCUAGAUUUUUAUGACGACCGACUAUACUGGAUUGAUUCUAAGUUGAAAACAGUCGAGUCGUCUCGAACAGAUGGAAGUGACAGAAGAAUUAUCAGCAGAGGGAAAGUUAACCAUGGCUUCGCCAUAUCAACAUCUGAGUUCAACAUUUAUAUGACGUCAUGGAUGGACAGGGGUAUCACUGGAGUAACAAAAUCAGAUGGUCAAGUGACACAAUUCAUUAACGAGAUGACUGACUCAAUCAGUCGACCAAUGGGGUUGAAAGUAUACAGUAAAACCAUGCAAAGACAAAAGGCAAGUAUAUGCUACACGAACGAAUUUGAAUGCGAGUACCUUUGUCUACCUGGCCCCACCAAGCCACCAUCAACUGACGUUCAGUAUACGUGCGCAUGUCCAGACGGCAGCGCAUGCCCUAUAACCUCGACCACAUCCAAACCUAGCUCAACUACUACAAAUACAGCUACGACCUCGACUAGUUCAAGGACCACAGAUAUCAACAGAACGAACUAUACCACUUCCGGUGCUGCUACUACUACACAAGCAUCAGUGACGUCAACAACAAUACCAACCAGCUCCUUAACUCCUACAUCUGUGUUGAAAACAGGUUACACACGGUGCCAGGUAGGAGAGUUCCAGUGUCGAACACACUACACUUGUAUAGCCCAGGGAUGGGUGUGUGAUGGGAAAUACGACUGCUGGGACGGCUCAGAUGAAUUAAAUUGCAGGAGAUCAACAGCAACGACACAAGAUCCACUGUAUGAUAGCCUAUUCUUUGAUUCACUUUUGAAAUAAAAAUAGUACCUUUCUCAUGUUUUUGAGUCAAUAAAUAAAAUAUAUAUCCAUAAUAUCUUA